GGACGCGCAACGACGGGGAGAAGAGGAAGAGACUAAUUCUCUUAAUAAUUUUUGGAUUCAUUUGGUUGGCCGCGGACCCAAAUCCUUGCGCGCGACCUCGUUGAUCGCCGUCGAUCGAUCCAUCCAUCCGCCUCCUGGCGAAGUAGGAAUCUGAACGCGAGGAGGAAGAGGCAGAUUUUGGAAACUCCUGUCCGGCCGCUGAUUCCUUUCUCGGUUUCCGGAUCGCUCCUCUGUCUUUUUCUGUCUCUCUCUCUCAGUUGGGAUGUAGUGUAACCGUAAAGCAUUCAAAAAUUCAGAGUUUUUGAUGAAAUUACUGCUGUCCUUCGUUUUGGAUGGACCUGAGGCCUCGAAGGUGGCCGCAAAUAGUGAGUUUUGAGGAGGCAAUGUGAAAGGAAGAGGAGCCGAAGCCGUUCGCCAUGGAUCCGCCUUUUUCUGGUUUUGUGCUUGACCCAUCCAAAUGCAGCAAAUUGAGCAUUGAGGAGAAGAGAGAGCUUGUUCGUGAAUUAUCAAAAUGGCCAGAGAGUGCUCCUGAGAAGCUACAGACAUGGACCCGUCAUGACAUUUCAGAAAUCCUGUGUGCUGAGUUAGGAAAGGAGAGAAAGUAUACUAGCUUAACUAAACAGAAGAUGAUAGACUACCUUCUUCGAGUAGUUUCUGAAACGAAAUCUGGAGAAAAUGCAAACAGAAGGGAUUCAUUGCAGGUGCCAUCUACACCAAAUCCUCAAACCACAGCUAAGAGACAAAGGAAGAGCGAAAAUCCAUCACGGUUACCAAUUGUCACAAAUUACCCCCAGAUACAUGAUGUAGAAGAAGCUCUAGACAAUCUAAGAUGUUGUCAGAAUUCUGCCUGCAGAGCUACUCUUAAAAUGGAAGAUUCAUUCUGCAAGCGUUGCUCAUGUUGUAUAUGUCACAAGUAUGAUGACAACAAGGACCCUAGUAUUUGGCUGUUUUGUGGCUCUGAGACUCCUGCUCAGGGUGAAUUUUGUGGCAUGUCUUGUCAUCUUGAGUGUGCCCUUAAGCAUGAAAGAGCUGGUAUGAUGAAUAGUGAGAAGUGCAAAAAGUUGGAUGGGAGUUAUUACUGUGUUCACUGCGGAAAAUCUAAUGACUUGCUUGGAUGCUUGAAGAAGCAGCUAGUGAUUGCAAAAUACGCACGUCGUGUUGACAUACUGUGUUACAGGAUUUCUCUUAGUCAUAAACUUCUCAGCUCAACAGAAAAAUAUCUGAAUUUGCAUGAGAUAGUUGACCAAGCACGGAAGAAAUUGGAGUCUGAGAUUGGACCAAUUGAUGAUUUAGCAAAUAUGGCACGUGGAAUUGUCAACCGACUUUCAGUAGGUGCUGAAGUUCAAAAACUAUGUGCCAGUGCAGUAAACUUACUUGAUUCCAUGCACUUUGAUACCCAAUCAGCUCAUUCUCAAGUUCAUGAAAUGGUUUCGGUAUCCCCUAGCAUCAUACGAUUUGAACAAAUAUCACCCAUAUCCCUUACUGUGGUUUUUGAUAUAGAAAAUGACUCACCUCUAACUCAAGAACUAGUUGGUUUUAAUUUGUGGCUAAGACUAGCUGACACCCUAGAAUACCCCGAGGAACCAUCGUUUUCUCUGUGUAAUCCAAAGAGGAGAUUGUUGAUAACAGAACUAGCUCCAAAUACAGAAUAUAUGUUUAAGGUAGUAGCUUUUAGCAUUACGAAUGACUUGGGCACAUGGGAAGCUGGAGUAAAAACUGAAGGACAUUCGCUGGACAACUCUGUCGUCUUAGCGCUGGAGACAGCUAUUUCAAAACCAAAUUGCCGGAGCCCAAAAGCAACAAGUAGUGGCUUGUCAAAUCCAUCUGAGGGAGAUGAAUCUAAUACUAAUGGUACAACAUGUGCCGACUUGAAUAAGUUGCCAGAAAUGGAUUAUGAAGAUUUUGAGAAGCCUGAGAUUGUUGAGACAGAAAGAUCAUCGGACCAUGAUGGAAAUGAUAACCAACAGAUGACUGAAUGCAAAGGCAUUAUUUCUGCAGCAGAAGCCAUUGAACCAGAGACAGCACCUGGGCACUCGGAGUCUGCCAUAGAUGAGGAACCAAACUCGACUAUACGCACAGGCUCCACUAACUCCAUGGAGAAUAACCAGGCAUCUGACGUCCCAAAAUCAGAGAAUGAAUCCAACAAUCCGGUUGCCAAUGCCAUCAUGAUCGUACCAUUUGGAAAAUUGGACUCCACUCUCCCUUCUACACUCUGCAGAGUGGAAACUGGACCAGAUGGCUCUGGGAGGUGCAGUAAAGGGAAAUCUAAGGUGGACAUAUUUGAGAAUGGCUCGACGAAGCCGGACAAAGAGCCAGGGAGUUCAUCAAAGAAAAGAAAAUUUGAUGCUGUAAAUCUUAAAGAUAGCUGUUCACUGGAAGGGACCUAUGAGUACUGCGUGAAGGUGAUUAGAUGGCUGGAAUGUGAAGGGCAUAUCGAAACAAACUUCCGUGUAAAAUUCUUGACGUGGCUCAGCUUGCGGGCAACCCCCCAGGAGAGAAGAGUUGUUAGUGUAUACGUUGAUACUCUGAUUGAAGAUCUUCCAAGCCUUGCAGGUCAAUUGGUGGACACCUUUUCGGAGGCAAUCUACAGCAAGAGACCGCCGCCAAUGCCAAAUGGUUUCUGCAUGAAGCUUUGGCAUUGAGUAACAGAGUCCAUUCUUCCUGAUUCUGAGAUAGUGAUUUAGAUGCAAAUUGUUGCAUUAAUUCUUCAGCAUAUACUGAUUCAUGGAUCAGCCAGUGGAGGCCAAUCCACACUGUUGCUCAUUGAAAAAUACACCUUUUUUUUAAUGUAUUUACUAGUUACCGUUGACAGACUUUUCUUCUUUUUCGUCGUUAUGACAUUAUGUGACACUGAUCUUUAUUUUAAGAAGCUCAAGGAUCCAUAUUUAUCUGUCGAAACAAUCAGAAACAAUGUCGUGUUUAAUUAGACAGGCACAUGGCCAAGCAAUGGAUUCAUCUUUCAAAA